UGUUUAAUUCGGAUCUGCCAUUGUGAAAAGUGACUUGCUCGUGAAAAGGCGUAUUAAGUGUAGGAUCUGUAAAAGUUAUUAUAAAUAUAACGAAAUAGUGCAAGAAAGUACAAUAUCAAAAGCAAUUUUUUGUAUAAAUAAAUUUUACACUUUUUAACACAUUAGCAUAAAUAGCAGACAUGCCACGCUAUCGUGAAUGGGAUUUGGCUUGCAAAGUAUACGUUGGCAAUUUGGGUUCGUCAGCUUCAAAGUAUGAAAUAGAAAAUGCUUUUAGUAAAUACGGACCUUUACGGAAUGUUUGGGUGGCACGGAAUCCUCCUGGUUUUGCUUUCGUUGAAUUUGAUGAUAGACGGGACGCCGAGGACGCUACCAGAGGAUUAGAUGGAACGCGCUGUUGCGGUACACGCAUACGUGUAGAAAUGUCCUCAGGCCGAUCUCGCCGAGACAAUAGACGCCGAGGCGGCAGUGGGGGUGGUAGAGGCGGUGGUGAAACCAGCAGCGGAGGCCGCGGCGGUGGCGGUCGCUACAGGAUAAAGACAACUUCUGCUACUACUACUAGUUCUACUCGUACUUCAAGUACUUCUACUACAACUUCCUCUUCCUACAACAAAACCAACAACUUCAACAACAACAACAACAACUAUUACUACAAGUACAUCUUCACGUAUCACUACAAUAUUAGAACCUUGUCCACCACAAUCUCCAUCACCACAACCUCAAUAUGCAACAUCAACAACAACAACAACCAUAAGACUACAGCAACGUUUAGCAACAAUUGCUGCUUCAAUAACUUGAUUAAUAACAUCUUUCUACUUAGAAUUCUAAAGCUUAUUAGUCAUCAUCUUCAUCUACAAGAACAACAACAACAAGAACAACAACAGCAACAAGAACAACAAAAACAGCAACUAGAUAUCAGAUAUAAUUGCUACAAUCUUAACAUCCACUACCAACACCACCACCAGCACCAUAUUAACACUAAACCAACUAAAAUCAUUCAGCAACAUUUAUUGAUCAUCCUGAAACAACGACACUUUUUAACACUUCCAAUAACUUGAUAGAAAGUUCUUAACUUAUUUUUUUUUGACAAUAGACAAAUGACAUUAAAACAAUUGCUAUCAGACAAGUUGUUGUUGUCAUCGUGGAGAAAGCCAGCAUUAUCAUAGAAAAAAGAAAAACACCAACACCACUGUCACUAUCUCACAUCACAAUCACUGUUACCACCAACACCUAAGAAACCUCAAUUGCAGUUGUUAGUUUUUGACAUCAACGGCGACAACAACGACGAUUAUCCUUUAAGUUUUGACCUUGGAAUAACUUUUGAAAGUCCUUUUUCAUUGUUCACUUAGCAGACAAAUUAGGAUUUUUCAAUGAGCUUUCGCCACUGUGGUCGCCUUGAUAAUCGCUGCUAUUGCUGUCUCAAAGUGUACGCUGUCCUUCCCAACGCGAAAGUAAUUUCACAUUUCUUUGCUCUUCACCGAUCUAUUUCACUUGUGUGGCGUUAGUUUAGCAUUUUUGCUAAUUUCAAAUAUCACGUUUAUAGAACGAUAAUAGCUGACUCUGCCUUUCGCGCACAGUAUUAGAAGAAGGCUUGAAACGAAGAUUUCGAAAUGCGUUUACAUUGCAUAAUAUUGUAACAAGCCCAUAUAUAUAUAUAAUUUUUGAGGUAUUUUUAAUAUCCACAGUUUUCAGAGCGUUUUCUCCACAAUUACAUGGAACUUUGAGAUUUUUAAUGAAAAUAUUCCAAUUGAAAAUAAUACCAAAGCAUAUGCAAAGAUGCAUGCUGUUAUUAUAUUUAAUAUAAUAGCGAACAUAAGGCCCUCUUAUUUGUUCGAAUCACUAAUUUGUUUAUCUUCUUUUUUAUCUCUACAAGUUUUAUCAUUGAAUAGAGAACUGAAUUGCAUCGAGAAAAGUGAUUAAAAAAUGUAUUUAAAAAGAGAUAAUAAAGGUUUUUUAAGUGAUAUCCUCCUGUGUGUGUGUUUACAGCAAUUUUAGAACGGAAUUCUCGGUUUAGCUACAUAUACUUAAAACUAUUUAAACCAUUCUCGAGUUCGGUAAUUUAAUUUUUAACUUUUAGUUAAGCUUACUUAUUGCACUGACUCCGUACCGACAUUUCUACUAAUGUCAAAUAUAUGGAAUGUUGUAUAUUGCUUAAAAGUUGUUAACCAUACGUCAUCGCUAUAAUAUUCCCAAUGUAUAUUAAAUUUAUCAAUGUUUUGAAUACCGAAAGAGAAAGAGAAAAUUUGUAAAUUGCUAUUUUCGACGCAUUUCGUUUACUUGCUUCUGUAAAAUGUAUUGCAAAUACGAAAAUGAAUUAAUUAUACUGCGAACACAGGGGAAGUGCAUAAAAAGGUUCGAGGUAUUUGGUGGAUGUUGGGGUGGUGAAGAAGAUAUUUUUAUGCAAAAUUAUACUAAGACUUGAUACGUCCGUAUAUGACUAUUUUUGCGUCAUAUAAGAGGAGUGUUAAAGCAUUUUUAUUAUACACAAAUCGAAUAGUAGUUCAGUUGCCUUCCGUCUACAAAUGCAAAAUUCAUCUCAAAGAUGGUAUAAUUCAAUCUAAAUAUAACAUAUGCACUUGCAGAUACUUAACGACUGAGUUGUUAAAUAUUAUAUUGUUAGAUCAGGAUAGACGUAAUCCAAUUUAAAGUACAUAUCGUUGCACAAAUUUUAAGGAAAAGUAAGAAAAAAAAA